AUGACAAGUGUUUCAAAUCCAAUAUUACAGUUUAACAAUAUAUCUUUAGGUGGUAAAGUUGGAGGAAAAAGAGGUAUAUUAAAAUUAACACAAACUGGAUUAGGAUGGAAAUCAGAAGGUGGUAAAAAUGAAGCAAUUACCCCAUCAGAUAUUAGAAAAGCUAAUUGGAUUAGAGUUACACCAAGAGUAUUUCAACUAAAUAUUUUAAUUAAAGGUGGUGCCAAUAUUAAAUUUGAUGGAUUUAGAGAACAAGAUUAUGAAUCAAUUAGAAAAUUUGUAUUGGAAAACUAUUCACAAACAUUAGAACAAUUAGAACUAUCAACCAAAGGUUGUAAUUGGGGUGAAGUUAAAGUUAAUGGUCCAAUGAUCCAAUUUGUAUCGAAUGACAAUAAAAUUGGUUUUGAAUUUCCAAUUUCAGAGGUAUCACAAUCAGUCAUUAAUCAAAAUAAUAAGAAUGAAUUAACAUUAGAGUUUCAUCAUGACAAUACAUUAGAUUUUGAUGAUGAGUCCAUUGUAGAAAUGCGUUUCUUUGCACCAACACGUCCAGUUAAAGAGGAUGAACAAAAAGAGAAAAAAGAAAAAGAAAAGAAAGAAGGUCAAGAAGGCGAAAACGAAGAUGAAGAGGAAGAAGAGGAAGAAGAUGAAGAAGACGAAGAUGAAGAAUUAACACCAAUAGAAAUUUUCCAACAAACUAUAAUGAAUAAAUCUGAUAUGGUAUCGAAUGUUGGUAAGAGUUUGGUUGUAUUCAGUUCAAUUCAAUUUUUAACACCAAGAGGUCGUAUUGAUAUCGAAAUGUACCCAACCUUCCUCAAACUCCACGGUAAAACUCACGAUUAUAAAGUACCUUAUGAUAGCAUCUCACGUCUCUUCCAAUUUGACCGUCAAGAUCAAAAACAUAUAUUCUUUAUCAUCAGUUUGGAACCACCCAUUCGUCAAGGUAAAACUAAAUAUGCACAUUUAGUAAUUCAAUUCCAAGAGGAAGAAACUCAAUUAGAAUUAAAUCUCACCGAAGAGCUCCAACAAAAAUAUAAAGAUCAAUUAUUACCAAUUAUGAGUGGUAACACCAAUUCCCUCCUCUAUAAAAUACUCAAAACUUUAACUGGCAAGAAACUCACCACUCCAGGUAACUUCCAAUCUAACAGAAAACUAAAUAGUAUCAAAUGUUCAUUAAAGGCCAACGAAGGUUUCCUCUAUCCAUUAGAAAGAAGUUUCUUCUUUGUACAUAAACCACCAACCUAUAUUAAAUUUGAAGAGAUUCAAUCGAUCGAAUUCUCUCGUUACGAUGCUGGUCCAACCGCCAGAGGAGGUAGCAAUCGUACCUUUGAUUUAACUAUAAACUAUAAAAACUCUACCUCAAUUCAAUUUACAAAUAUCCUUCGUGAAGAAUAUCCAAAUCUCUUUAAUUAUCUCAAUGAAAAGAAAUUAAAUAUUCUCAAUCCAAUUCAAACUGGUGGUCCAAUGUUGGUCGACGAUGAAGAUGAUGAAGAUGAUGAUGAUUAUGAACCUUCUGAAUCUGGUUCAGAAGAUGAUGACGAAGAAAGUGAUGGUAGUGACGCAAGCGAAUCUGAAGAAUCCGAAGAAGAAAAGAAAGCCAAAAAGAAACAAAAAAAAUAAAAUAAAAAUUUAUAUUAAAAUAUUUUUCUGAC